AUGACCCAGCUCCAUUCUCCCGCUUUCCAUCAUCCAGCCCCAUUCUCCCGCUUUCCAUCACCCCGCCCCAUUCUCCCUCCUUCCAUCACCCCGCCCCAUUCUCCCUCCUUCCAUCACCCUGCACCAUUCUCCCUCCUUCCAUCACCCCGCCCCAUUCUCCUGCCUUCCAUCACCCCACCCCUUUCUCCCGCUUUCCAUCACCCAGCUCCAUUCAUCCGCUUUCCAUCAUGCAGCCCCAUUCUCCCGCUUUCCAUCACCUCGCCCCAUUCUACCUCCUUCCAUCAAUCCGCCCCAUUCUCCCUCCUUCCAUCACCCCGCCCCAUUCUCCUUCCUUCCAUCACCCCUCCCCAUUCUCCCGCCUUCCAUCACCCCUCCCUAUUCUCCCGCCUUCCAUCACCCCGCCCCAUUCUCCCGCUUUCUAUCACCCCGCCCCAUUCUCCCGCUUUCCAUCGCCCCGUCCCAUUCUCCCGCUUUCCAACACUCCGCCCCAUUCUUCCUCCUUCCAUCUCCCCGCCCCAUUCUGCCGCUUUCCAUCACCCCGCCCUAUUCUGCCGCUUUACAUCACCCCGCCCCAUUCUCCCGCUUUCGAUCACCCCGCCCCAUUCUCCCUCCUUCCAUGAUCCCGCCCUAUUCUCCAGCUUCCAUCACCCCCAUUCUCCUGCUUUCCAUCACCCCGCCCGAUUCUCCCGCUUUCCAUCACCCGGCCCCAUUCUCCCGCUUUCCAUCACCACGCCCCAUGUUCCCGCUUUCCAUCACCCAGCUCCGUUCUCUCGCUUUCCAUCAUCCAGCCCCAUUCUCUUGCUUUCCAUCACCCCGCCCCAUUCUCCCUCCUUCCAUCACCCCGCCCCAUUCUCCCUCCUUCCAUCACCCCGCCCCAUUCUCCCUCCUUCCAUCACCCCGCCCCAUUCUCCUGCCUUCCACCACCCUGCCCCAUUCUCCCGCUUUCCAUCACCCCGCCCCAUUCUCCCGAUUUCAAUCACCCUGCCCCAUUCUCCCGCUUUCCAUUACCCCGCCCCAUUCUCCCGCUUUCCAUCACCCCGCCCCAUUCUCCCGAUUUCAAUCACCCCGCCCCAUUCUCCCUCCUCCCAUCACCCCGCCCCAUUCUCCCGCUUUCCAUCACCCCGCCCCAUUCUCCCGCUUUCCAUCACCAGGCUCCAUUCUCCCACUUUCCAUCAUCUAGCCCCAUUCUCCCGCUUUCCAUCACCCCGCCUUAUUCUCCUGCUUUCCAUCACCCCGCCCCACUCUCCCGCUUUCCAUCACCCCGCCCCAUUCUCCCGCUUUCCAUCACCCCGCCCCAUUCUCCCGCUUUCCAUCACCCCGCCCCAUUCUCCCGCUUUCCAUCACCCCGCCCCAUUCUCCCGCUUUCCAUCACCCCGCCCCAUUCUCCCGCUUUCCAUCACCCCGCCCCAUUCUCCCGCUUUCCAUCACCCCGCCCCAUUCUCCCGCUUUCCAUCACCCCGCCCCAUUCUCCCGCUUUCCAUCACCCCGCCCCAUUCUCCCGCUUUCCAUCACCCCGCCCCCUUCUCCCGCUUUCCAUCACCCCGCCCCAUUCUCCCGCUUUCCAUCGCCCCCCCCAUUCUCCCGCUUUCCAUCACCCCGCCCUAUUCUCCCUCCUUCCAUCACCCCGCCCCUUUCUCCCGCUUUCCAUCACCCCGCCCCAUUCUCCCGCUUUCCAUCAUGCAGCCCCAUUCUCCCGCUUUCCAUCACCUCGCCCCAUUCUACCUCCUUCCAUCACCCCGCCCCAUUCUCCCUCCUUCCAUCACCACGCCCCUUUCUCCCGCUUUCCAUCACCCCGCCCCAUUCUCCCGCUUUCCAUCACCUCGCCCCAUUCUACCUCCUUCCAUCACCCCGCCCCAUUCUCCCGCCUUCCAUCACCCAGCCCCAUUCUCCCGCUUUCCAUCACCCCGCUCCAUUCUCCCUCCUUCCAUCACCCCGCCCCAUCUGCCGCUUUCCAUGACCCGGCCCCAUUCUCCCGCUUUCCAUCACCCCGCCCAAUUCUCCCGCUUUCCAUCACCCCGCCCUAUUCUCCCUCCUUCCAUCACCCCGCCCCAUUCUUCCGCUUUACAUCACCCCGCCCCAUUCUCCCGCUUUCCAUCACCCCGCCCGAUUCUCCCGCUUUCCAUCACCCAGCUCCAUUCUCCCGCUUUUCAUCAUCCAGCCCCAGUCUCCCGCUUUCCAUCAUCCAGCCCCAUUCUCUUGCUUUCCAUCACCCCGUCCCAUUCUCCCUCCUUCCAUCACCCCGCCCCGUUCUCCCUCCUUCCAUCACCCCGCCCCGUUCUCCCCCUUUCCAUCACCCCACCCCAUUCUCCUGCUUUCCAUCACCUAACUCCAUUCUCCCGCUUUCCAUCAUCCAGCCCCAUUCUCCCGCUUUCCAUCACCCCGCCCUAUUCUCCCUCCUUCCAUCACCCCGCCCCAUUCUCCCGCUUUCCAUCGCCCCGUCCCAUUUUCCCGCUUUCCAACACUCCGCCCCAUUCUUCCUCCUUCCAUCUCCCCGCCCCAUUCUGCCGCUUUACAUCACCCCGCCCCAUUCUGCCGCUUUCCAUCACCCCGCCCCAUUCUCCCGCUUUCGAUCACCCCGCCCCAUUCUCCCUCCUUCCAUCAUCCUGCCCUAUUCUCCCGCUUCCAUCACCCCCAUUCUCCCGCUUCCAUCACCCCCAUUCUCCCGCUUUCCAUCACCCCGCCCCAUUCUCCCGCUUUCGAUCACCCCGCCCCAUUCUCCCUCCUUCCAUCAUCCCGCCCUAUUCUCCCGCUUCCAUCACCCCCAUUCUCCCGCUUUCCAUCACCCGGCCCCAUUCUCCCUCCUUCCAUCACCCCGCCCCAUUCUCCCUCCUUCCAUCACCCAGCCCCAUUCUCCCGCUUUCCAUCACCCCGCUCCAUUCUCCCUCCUUCCAUCACCCCGCCCCAUCUGCCGCUUUCCAUGACCCGGCCCCAUUCUCCCGCUUUCCAUCACCCCGCCCUAUUCUCCCUCCUUCCAUCACCCCGCCCCUUUCUCCCGCUUUCCAUCACCCCGCCCCAUUCUCCCGCUUUCCAUCAUGCAGCCCCAUUCUCCCGCUUUCCAUCACCUCGCCCCAUUCUACCUCCUUCCAUCACCCCGCCCCAUUCUCCUUCCUUCCAUCACCCCGCCCCUUUCUCCCGCUUUCCAUCACCCCGCCCCAUUCUCCCGCUUUCCAUCAUGCAGCCCCAUUCUCCCGCUUUCCAUCACCUCGCCCCAUUCUACCUCCUUCCAUCACCCCGCCCCAUUCUCCCGCCUUCCAUCACCCAGCCCCAUUCUCCCGCUUUCCAUCACCCCGCUCCAUUCUCCCUCCUUCCAUCACCCCGCCCCAUCUGUCGCUUUCCAUGACCCGGCCCCAUUCUCUCGCUUUCCAUCACCCCGCCCAAUUCUCCCGCUUUCCAUCACCCCGCCCUAUUCUCCCUCCUUCCAUCACCCCACCCCAUUCUCCCGCUUUCCAUCGCCCCGUCCCAUUCUCCCGCUUUCCAACACUCCGCCCCAUUCUUCCUCCUUCCAUCUCCUCGCCCCAUUCUGCCGCUUUCCAUCACCCCGCCCCAUUCUGCCGCUUUCCAUCACCCCGCCCCAUUCUCCCGCUUUCGAUCACCCCGCCCCAUUCUCCCUCCCUCCAUCAUCCCGCCCAAUUCUCCCGCUUCCAUCACCCCCAUUCUCCCGCUGUCCAUCACCCCGCCCGAUUCUCCCGCUUUCUAUCACCCCGCCCCAUUCUCCUGCUUUCCAUCACCCAGCUCCAUUCUCCCGCUUUCCAUCAUCCAGCCCCAUUCUCCUGCUUUCCAUCGCCCCGCCCCAUUCUCCCUCCUUCCAUCACCCCGCCCCAUUCUCCCUCCUUCCAUCACCCCGCCCCAUUUUUCCUCCUUCCAUCAUCCUAUUAA